CCGAACGGUGGGGUCAGCCAGCGCAUACUCUCUUUUAUCUGUUUCAUAUACAUUUGUCUCUGAUUCCUUGGAGGUAUUCCCUCUCUCCAGGAUGAGCUCAUUUUUAGGCCGUUUUCUGUAGUGUGAUGGUUCUGCGCGUGUUCAUGAAAUAACCUAAUGAACGUCCAUCCGUUAGUCGUGUUUAGCAACUAGUAAUUCUGUGAGCGAGUGGAAUCGAACUUGUUAUGUACGAAGGCCCUUCUGCGAUUGCAACUUCUGAACCGAAGGUGCUCUGCGUACAUUAAAUAUAAGUUCAAAGUUUUGUUUAAAAGCUGCACUAGAAACUUGAAAGAAACCGGAAUAUCAUAGUGGCGAUGGCGUUCAACCACGAAGCAGGAACAGCUAUGGAGUGCCUUAGCAUACCAAUUCGACUGGCAAAGGAGGUUACGAUCGACGCUGAAGGUCGUGAAGUAACGCGUUGCGGUUUUCGGAUCGGUGGUGGCAUCGACCAAGACUAUACGAAGAGUCCUCAAGGUUACACAGACAACGGGGUCUAUGUUACGGAGGUGUAUGAGAAUUCACCAGCGCAGCAUUGCGGCUUAAAGGAACACGAUAAGAUUUUGCAGGUUAACGGCUAUGACUUCACGAUGGUGACCCACCGCAAGGCGGUCGAAUAUAUAAAGCGCAACAAUGUACUCAACAUGCUUGUCGCACGAAAGGGCGUCACACACUCAUAAACAAAACGUGGUAAAAGAAGUUAUUCUUAUAGAGUAUAUGUGUCAAUGCGUAUAAACAAGAAAAAAGCAUCAAAAAAAGCCCUAAAAUGAAUGUUGUCAACGACGAGUACCUCAGUCAGAGAGAAACCGUCAUCCACCGUUCGGCCAUUUACCCGCCAAGAGGACACACGAAUCAGGCCAUCAACUUUCAGGAAGCGGGUAAGCACUCCUGCGACACCUAAGUGAUAUUUUUACUUACUGAAUAAUAUAAUAGGUCAAAGCAGUCGAUUAUAGCCCAGCGUGGUCAUGUAACCGUGUCAUAUAAUUAUAAUGAGCGACCGUACCUAAGUUCUGCUAUAAUAAUAAUUAAACAUAUACUGUUGAUGAUUGCAAAGAUUUAGUAGAGUAUAGCGUAACUGUGGAAGGAACGUCUGGCUCCGUGAUUUUAUGACAAUGCCGUCGUAUGAUGCAUGCGUAUCGUACAAUGUCCACGGCGCGACUAGCGGAACUGAGCGAUAAAUGUUACAGCAUUGUUGUGAAUUUCACUGAACAAAGUAUACAAAGAACUACGUUAGUGCGUCAACCCCAAAUAAAAAUCGACCUAAAUUCUGAUACUAAGCAUACCAUUUUUAGAAAUAAGGUAUAAUGCGUAUUGUUAUUCGACGAACAGCGACAAAACAGGGGUAGCAAUAAAGCAGAGAUUACUUUACGCUAGAACAUACAAAUGAUUUGAUAAUUGAGUUGAUUCCGUACGUUUCGUGAUCGGAUAGUUUCAUAUAUCUAUAGCCAUCAUCAUAACCGCGCUCGAGCUCGAGAUAUAAUGUAACGAGAGAAUUGUACGCAGAAUAGAAUCGCAUAUAUAUAUGAUUAGUAGUUGAGGAUGCAGGCGGUGCACACGAAAAAUCUAGAUGAAUGUACCGAUUAGGUAUGAAAAUGUGCUGAAACUGUGGAACAAACAAACGAUCUGAGAGUGCCUAAGAAUAACAGGGACAGACAAACACUUUGGUUAGCCACGAAAUCUAUGCAGACUUAUUUCUGCCGAGUAUAAAGUUGUGAUAUCUCUGUGGUAUUGCUAUCAGUUGGAUGAUUGAAUCGGCUUGGUUAAAUUACGCGGUUCCCUUUAAGCCUGGAAUGCCAGUUAACUGUUCAAGAACGGCAGAGUGGUUUAGCAUCUCACCUGCGAAAAAAAAGUCCAGUGAUUAUUUGGGUGUUCCAAAACAAUCGCUUUGUGAUUGUGCUGAAAUGGUGCCCUUUAGUCUGACUGCUGUAGAAAAUUUACGACUCUGAAACUUACCAAGCAGCUUUAGAUGGGGCUUGUGCGAGGUAUCGCGUUGAAGGCAAAGUCAUUUAUGUCAGUGGCAAUGAUUAGAGAGUCGUACAAUUCAACUAAAGACCAAUCGUACGGGUCUUAAAUCGAUUCCACCAGGUCGCGCAACGAUUAUGAAUAGUUAGAUAGUGAAUCAAGGAAGUCGCUCGUGUAAUAAGUAUGGUUCCUGUGUGAGAUCAUAUAUAUAGAUAUAUAUAUAUAUAAGUUGUACUCGCGUUUGAUGUUGUGAUCUUGAAGCAUUUCCUUCCUGCAUACCUAAUUAUCUCAAACUGCGUUAAAAGAAUAUUGUAUCCUGUGCAGUUGUUAAACUGCUCAAAAGGGGAUAUUCUAUUUUUACGCGUGAAACUCUCAUAGUGACUAUCAGUUUGGUGUCUAUGCUUAAUGUGUCAUCUCAUAGUUAUUCACCAUGUAUGUAUUAAUAAUUCUACGGAAAAGCGCAAAUUUAUAUUAUUUAAUUUAAUUAUUUAGAACCAAUUAAAAGCAGUUAGCAAAAAUCUAUAUAGCCUAUUGUAAGUAUAGUAAAGCUUCAGCUCAGGUAUGUUUGUACUAUAGACUCAGUUGACUAACGAUAUGAUUAAUUAACAUCGUACCGCCAAUUAAAUAGAAAAUGAUAAAUGAGGGUACGUUGUAGUCCUACUGUCAAAAAAACAUCAAGUUUGAAUGCCAUUAUAAUCCGACAAAAAUAAUCCAGGUACAGCUGAGCCACUAUCCGUCUGUAACACAAGCCAGAGUAACCUAGACCAAGAUUGUACGCCACAAGUUAUUGAUCUGUAUGAUAACUUCAGUGGACCGAUCUAAUAACGUUACAUAUAUUAAGUGUUCUCCUCUGUGCCCAAACGAAAUUUAAAAAUAGCUUGAAAGUUCCACAGGUUUCUGUCACUUCACGACUUCUCAUUACGACUAGCAACUACCGAUUCCACAAACUAUAUACCUUCUGUAUGCAGUUAUGGGCAUAUAGAACGCAUCGAAGCUACCAGCAUAUAUUUAACUAUCAUCUAAAGAAGCGUCUUCAAAUUGACAAUUACGACAGCUCAGCCCAUUGCGUUUGAUGUUUACCUCGACGCACCCCCGACUACGAUGUACAAUCUUCGGCCGGGGCCAUUGCGCCAGCUUUAUAUAAUCCAUAUAUAUAUUAAACAGACAGAAAAAUAGUCACUGAGCGAGGUAAGCAAACACCGGAGCUACGACGCGCUGAAUAAGUUUUAGUGGACCCCUAUUUAUAUGGUGGAGUAAAUCUAUUGAGUAUUAUGAUUGGGUAUGUACAUAGUUCUGUACGUUUGUAUGCAAAUGCAGAUGAAAUGAGUAUAAAGAAAAAAUAAACGUGUGAUAUCCACUCGCGUA